UUAGGUAGUGGGAGUGUUGUUAUGUUUGGUCAAGGAAGAGUCAUGGUAAGAGAGAGAAAAAGAGGGUGUAAAAAUAGGAUGAAUUUGAAGGCUGUCCGGGUCCUUCUCGCGUUGAAUGCAAAGACAAUGUGGUGAGACCAAGAAAAAAGAAAAAGAGACUUGGUCAACAUCUCUCUGCAUGCAUGCAACCUAACUUGUUUCUCUCACCAUCUCCUAUUCUUGGCUCUUCCUUUUCUUCUCUCUUUCUCCACAUUCUUCCAAUGCCAUCAAAACUUUUCCACCCUCCAACCCUUCAUUCUUCUUCUUCCUCUUCUUCUGCACCCUCGUCACUACCUCCUAAUUUCUCCUCCGUUCUGGGUCAGCCCCUCUUCAGGGCGCGCACGCCGCCCCUAGUGCCUACCAUUCACUAUGGCACUAAGUGGUAGGCAUUGCUGUAUCAUCUUCAUCGUUUUUGAAUUAGCAUCCUUCUUUCCUCUCUCUUAUGCCGCUUCUGACUUAGAAUUGCUCCUCAAAAUGAAAGAAAGCUUAGAAAACUACGGUUCCUCCUUGGACUCCUGGAACUCUACCACUCCUCCUUGCACCGAUGGCCAUGCCAACUGGCGUGGCAUUCUUUGCUACGAAGGAAAAGUGUGGGGCGUGAAGCUUGAGAACAUGGGGCUCCAAGGCCUCAUUGACAUCGAUUCUUUAAAGGCCUUGCCUUACCUAAGAACCUUGAGUUUCAUGAACAAUAGUUUGGAGGGUCCAUGGCCAGAAAUUCACAACUUGGUUGGUCUCAAGUCUAUUUACCUUUCCAAUAACAAGUUUUCUGGGGAGAUUCCUUAUAGAGCCUUCGAGGGGUUGAAGUGGUUGAAGAAAGUUUAUCUGUCCAACAACCAGUUCUCCGGUUACGUUCCAACUUCGCUCACGGUGUUGCCGAGACUCAUAGAGCUCAGGUUGGACGGGAAUGAGUUCACUGGUGCCAUUCCCCGUUUUCAUCCCCUCAACAGAUUGAGAUUGUUUAAUGUUGCUAAUAAUCAGUUGCAGGGUCAGAUUCCUUCCACCAUUAAUAGAAUGCCGGCUUCUUCCUUUGCUGGUAAUGAAAGGUUAUGUGGAGCCCCAUUUGAGUCAUGCACCUCGAAGCCCUCCACUGCUAGCGUCGUUGGAGCAGUGGUGGUUGUUUGCCUGGCGGUGCUUGUGAUUGGAAUAGUAGUGCUCAUGAUUCACAAAAAACAGAACGGAGCGUGUGCAGCGAAAUUGGGGAAUCCACCCAGCAGCAUCGGCAAAGGGCGUUUGAGGGACGUGGGUGAUGAGAGCCGCAGGUCCGCAGGGUCAAUGAGCUCCACAGACACCAGAAAAGCUGAACACUUGAGACUCUCUUUUCUGAGAGAUGACAGAGAAAUGUUUGACCUGCAAGAGUUGCUGAGAGCUUCUGCGGAGAUUUUGGGAAGUGGCUGCUUCAGCUCUUCAUACAAGGCUGCUUUGGUGAAUGGGCCAACAAUCGUGGUGAAGAGGUUCAAGCAGAUGAACAAUGUGGGGAAGGAAGAGUUCCAAGAUCACAUGAGAAGGCUAGGGAGGUUGAGUCAUCCUAAUUUGCUUCCUCCAGUGGCUUAUUAUUACAGAAGGGAAGAGAAGCUCGUGGUCACAGACUAUGUUCGCAAUGGAAGUCUCGCUGUUCGCCUUCAUGGGCACCAAUCCCUGGGAGAACCAAGCCUUGAGUGGCCAAUCCGGUUGAAGAUUGUGAAAGGCAUAGCAAAAGGUCUUGAAUAUCUAUACAGGGACAUGCCAAGCCUAAUUGCCCCACAUGGAAAUCUGAAGUCUUCUAAUGUUCUGUUGAGCGAAUCUUUUGAGCCUCUUCUGACAGACUAUGGCCUAGUUCCAAUGAUAAACCAGGAAUUGGCUCAGGACAUCAUGGUGAUAUACAAAUCUCCUGAGUAUUUGCAACAAGGAAGGAUCACAAAGAAGACUGAUGUGUGGUGUCUUGGAAUACUGAUUCUGGAGAUCUUAACUGGGAAGUUCCCAGCAAACUUUUUGCAAAAGGGUAAAGGGAGUGAGGUGAGUUUGGCAAGUUGGGUGGAUUCAGUGGUGCCAGAAGAGUGGACCAAUGCUGUGUUCGAUCAAGAAAUGGGGACAACUAAGAACAGUGAAGGAGAGAUGGAGAAGCUUUUGAAGAUUGCUUUGAAUUGUUGUGAGGCGGAUGUGGAUAAGAGGUGGGUUAAGGAAGCUGUAGAGAAGAUUCUUCGAGGUGAAGGAAAGGACGGUGAUCAAGAAAUUUUUUUAACUUCUUAUGCUAGUGAUGCAGAAUUGAUUUCCUCAACUUGAAAAUGUUGAGACCGCCUUAGUUAUUGGUUCAUUCCUUGAUUUUAUGUCCUUCUCAGAGACAUGAAUCAGAUAUGAAUUAGUUUA